UAUACGGUGCAAGCGUACGGUCUCUUUAUUUGGAAAAUAAAUAAACAGUUUAUAAUAAAAAAUUCAAAAUAUGUAUUUUCCGCGCUCGUGCGAUACUUUCGUAGUCUUGCCGCCUUUCACAAAAAACAAUGCCGUAAUAUUCGGAAAAAAUUCCGAUCGGCCACAGAACGAAGUCCAAGAAGUGAUUUUUGUAAAAGAUAGAAUUCGUGAAUCAACGUUGAGGUGCACCUACAUAACGAUAAGCGAGAGUGCCGUACCAAUAAAUGACGUCAUACUCAGCAAGCCCGCCUGGAUGUGGGGGGCGGAAAUGGGCGCGAACAGCAAGAGCGUUGUCAUUGGCAACGAGGCGGUGUGGACGAACAACAACGAAGGGGAGGGGGACGCGAGGCAAAAGCGACUCUUGGGCAUGGAUCUUGUAAGAUUGGGCUUAGAGCGUGGUAACACAGCUGAAGAAGCGCUAGACGUGAUCACGACACUUCUAGAGAAGUAUGGCCAAGGUGGGCCAUGCUCGGAGUUCGAUGAUAGUCACUUUUACCACAAUUCCUUCCUAAUAGCCGACCCCAAAGAGGCCUGGGUACUGGAAACGAGCGGGAAACUAUGGGCCGCUGAGAAAGUAGAGACUGGAUACAGGAACAUAUCAAAUGGAUUGACGAUUAAGUCGAAAAUCGACAAGCAUUCGGAGAAUUUGUAUGAAAUAGCUGAAAAGAUGGGCGUUUGGGAUGGCAAGGGUAAAUUCGACUUCACCACCGCAUUCUCGUCGGGUGGUGAUGAGCUACGUCAGGCGGAAGGCCAUAGGCUGCUCUCAGAGCUGUCCGCUAACAAGAGCUUCGACGUCCGUGAUAUGUUCACAGUACUUCGUCAUAAGGAAAGCUGCAUUUGCCGCGGUGUAGAUGACACUUUUCCUACGCAGGGAAGUCAGGUAUCGUCAAUAACUACAGAGGGUGUAUCCGUGCACUGGUUCACAGCGACCCCCGACCCAAGUGUGUCGUACUACAAACCGUUUGUUUUUACCCCCAACGCGGUAAUUUCACCACACACUGUCAGCCCUAAAAAGCCCAACCGGGAGCACCACCUCUACACCCUACACAUGAAGCAUGUCCUCACAGCGAAAGACGAUAAAAUAAGCAAAGUCCUCCAAGAAAUAGAACAAGGCUGUCUCAACGAGAUCGAGGAUUUCAUUCAAAACAAUAAUAAAGACAAACCACUAAAAGACAUAGACAACUUAUUCAAGAACUGCGUAGAAACAGAAGUCAAACUUUACGGCUAAUUUUUACUACUGGCAAUAUUUACUAACACGUUACUUUCUUCCCACUUAUAGAUUCUCAGCACUUUUUUGUUUUUUGAUACUUGCUUUGCACUAGAUAUACAGCUAUCUCCGUCUAACAAAAGUGCUAUAUGAUGAAAUAUAAAUGUGUUAGAGUCGCUAGCAGUUACGUUUUAAUUCAUUUUAGCUCUAGUUGUAGUUAGCACAGAACAAAUAGUAUUUUUUUUCUUUAAAGCUACUGCGAUGUAAUCAAUUUGAACCUUAUUCACAUACAGACAAAGAGCAAUUUCAGGUAACCAGUAUUUAAAGUAAAUUUUAUUAUAAUUGUAAUUUUAUAUGGAAUUUCAAUUGCGUAGCGGUGUGCUUUGGCAAUUUGUUUUCGACGCUUUUAAAUAAGUUAAGUAUUAAUAUUUAAGCAUUGCUAAAAGCACAUCAUAAUUAUAAAAUGUAAUGUUUACAGUUUAUAGGUUAUACUCGGUUCGCGUCCCGCGCUCGGGACGAUAAUAUAUGUAUGUGCCUCAACUUAAAUAUAUCGAUCUAAAAAAAUAUUGUAUCUAUUAUGUGAUAGCAAUAAUUUUUUAUAUUAUAGAUUUUAUUAAUAGAUUUAGUUCGUAAUUCAAAAUUUAUUGUCAUGUUAUGGCGCCAAAGCUCGGUUAAGUCGGUGUUGCUAGUUUUAAAAUUUAUAGAUAUAUUAUAUACCUUUUAUCUGUAUUUUAAUGUUUUAAUGUUUAUAUUAUAUAAAUGGCAACUGUCUGUGUGCUUUUGCUUUUAGCAUUCUGCCAUUUGAAAGUAUUUGAUUAUUAAGUAUAGAAAAGCAUACAUUUACAGCAAUGAUAUAUAGUAUAUAAUAGAUGACGUGAUGGUGAAGGUGCUUAACAUAAUAUAUUAUAUUAUUAUUACUAAUAUUUCAUGUUUGUAAUGUUUUUAAUUAAAUGUUUUAUGAUAUUAUGAUUGAAAAUUAUUUAUAGGUAGUAAAAAUUGAGAUGUAUCCUGGGCAGUUAUAAUUAUAUUAGCUUAAAUAAAAAUUAAUAGAGAAUUUCUUGGGAUUCUACUUAAUAAUUUAAGAAUUUUAGAACAGACUCCUAAAAGAAUACAAUACUCGAAAUUAUUUGAAUAAAAUAAGAACUGCAGUAUGUAUUAAGUUUAUUGAUCGUGAAAUGGUCAUAAAUAAAAUUGGAUAUGGAUUUUUUUUUAUUCUUAUUGGCAAUCUACUUAUAAGUUUUACUCUGAAUGACAUUUUCAAUAUUGUUCUUAUAAAAUUAUAUCUUAUUUACGAUGCUAUAUGCACUGAAUUUAAAUGACCAAAAUCGGACAAUCGUCUGUGGAAUGUCAAAUUGAGUGCAGUGUUGCCAUUAUUUUAUUAUAAGAUUUUUGUAUCGUCAUAUUGUCAUUCUUUUAUUUGUCAAAUAUUCCUCUCCGGCAAAUUGGCCUGUAUUUUUAUUUUGUUAAGUUUAGUUUAGUGUUGGCAACACUUUUUUUUUCAAUUUGACAUUUCAUUUUUUUCCCGCUUGUCAAAUUAAACUUUGCUUACGCGAAUGUGACAAGAAAUGUAAGGGAUUCCAUUCAAAAAUGAAACCAAAUAACUAACUUUAUUUUACGGCGUUUCACAAGAAGUGAGAAUAUGGUCUCAAAUUUAUUAUUUUGUACCUUAUGUUAAUGAGGCACCACGUGGCCUAUCUUAGCUGCCAUUUUGUAGUUUUAAUUAUUUUUAAUUUUUAAUAAUUCUAGUGCACUUUAUAGCAGUUAGUAGUUAAAUACCUGAAUGUGCUUAUUAUUUUUUUAUUUUAUACUUACGAAAUUAAGUUUGAAUAUAUUCAUAUAAUGUUUGAUUUACGACUUAAAUAAGAAGGAAUUUGUAUCCGAGUACAAUAGUUGGAGGUCCGUUUCCAUUGACGAGUUUGUAUAAUAACAUAGAAUGGGAUGUGUUGGCGUUUUAUUUUUUUACUCUCUGGUUUUAUACUUUGAUUAUACAAUAUUAAAUAUUUAAGUUCGUUAUGAAGCUGAAUUCUCAGACACAACUCAGAUUUUUGCCUCGUCGUAAUAUAACUUUGUAGAUAAUUAUUUGUACUUUGUAAGUAUACAAUUACAUUUUAAUGCUACAAUUUUAUCUAAUCUUUACAAAGUAAAUUUAAUACCUAAGAAAUAAGAACAAUAUCAAUACCUAUGUACGUAUUUGUAAUUUUUAUACACUUCAAAUGUGUAGAAUAUACUCUAAAUGAAAAUUUUGAUCUUCUACAAAUUGAGUUGUCUUUGAGAAUCUAGUUUUUAGUAAUACGUUUUUAAAUUGACUCAAUGUACUAUAUUGUUCGUAACAGCCUCUAUUACAAUGUUUCUUUGUAAUGUAGUAUGCGUUGGUCAUUAUUUUGGCAUUAAAAAAAUAUUUGAAAA